AAUGCCAUUCGAGAACAAUAAUACGAAUCUGAACAAACUGGGUCAGAUGUCUCAGCAUUUACCGCUCUCUAUCUUGUGCAGAUGGAUCGCGGUUUCGGGUUCUGUUCUUUUCUUCCUGCACAUGUUUGUUUUCAGCGUCAAGCACAGAGGAACCCUAAAUCUGGUUGUUCCUUCCGAGCUGAAAUUCUCAUCCUUUUCCUCUUCGUCGCCGCCAUUUUCGCCUCCCGAAACAGUCGAAAUUCCGACGGAUAUCAGUCACGUUGUGUUUGUGAUCGUCGGAAGUGUGACAACGUGGAAGCACAGGAGAGGUUACAUAGAAUCAUGGUGGAGACCGAACAUAACAAGAGGGCAUGUCUUUCUCGAACAACCACCCAAGCGAGAUCUCUUGCCCUGGCCUCAGACCUCUCCUCCGUUCAGAAUCAACAAAGAUCCAUCCGCUAAACCAGGCAAUUACACGAAACUCACGAGCCAGACGGCGAUCCGCUUGUAUCAGUCGCUCUCGGAUUCGUUUUUCAACGCUUCCGAUAGCGUCAGAUGGUUUGUGGUAGCGGACGACGAUACCCUUUUCUUCUUGGACAACUUGGUCGAGGUUUUGAACAAGUACGACCACAAGAAACACUAUUACAUCGGGAUGAAUUCCGAGAACAUUUGGUCGAACGAAGUGUUUUCUUACGACAUGGGAUAUGGAGGCGGCGGCUACGCGUUGAGUUACCUGACAGUGGAAGCUUUGGUCGGGAGAAUGGAAGAGUGUAUAAGGCGAUACCCGUUAAUGUUCAGCGAUCUCCUCUCGUUCCUUUGCUUGUCCGAUAUGGGAGUCGAUCUAACACUCGAGAAGGGCUUCCACCAGAUUGAUCUUCACGGUGACAUAUCCGGUCUGUUGUCAGCUCAUCCUCACUCUCCGCCCAUCAGUCUGCACCAUUUCGAUGUUAUAAACCCGAUUUUCCCAACGAUGAGCCGCCAAGAAUCCGUAAACAAUCUGAUGAAAACCGCGAAAACAGAUCAAACCCGUCUUCUCCAACAGACAAUCUGUUACCGCAGAGAAAUCAACUGGUCGGUCUCUAUUUCCUGGGGAUACUCUGUCCAAAUCUACGAGACUAUAAUCGCCCGAAGCCAACUGAAACGACCUCUCGAGACUUUUACGCCGUGGAGGAACGUUAAACCGCCGUUCUACAGAUUCAACACAAGACGAGUUACCAAAGAUCCAUGCGAAAUGCCUCAUCUCUUGUUCUUGGACUCAACUGUGGAAGAGAAUAACGGUGAGGUUUCUGGCACUUACAGGGUGAAAACGGCGCGUCGUUUGCCUCCCUGUGUCUCGAACGGCAACCAUUCUGCUCUUGUGGUUACCCAAGUUCGCGUCGCCGCGCCGACAUUGCACAAGAAGGAUGGGAGAAUCGAAUGUUGCGAUGUUAGAUUUGCUAACAAUAAAACGGACGUUUUGGAUGUGAAGAUAAGAGACUGUAUGAAAGACGAAAUUCUUGCUUAG